ACCUGUGAAAAUGUUUUGUCUAGUUGUACUUUCCUGCGUGGCUUUGUCCCAGGCCUCCCAGUUUUUGUCACCUAUCCUUCCUCAUGCUCAGCCUUACAACUUCGGGUACGCAAUCAGGGAUCACACCAGUGACCAAUACAGACAAGAAAAAGGAAAUGGACUCGGAGGUGUAGUGGGAAGCUACGGUUUCAAAGAUGCCAGAGGAAUCAUUCGUAAUGUCAACUACGUCGCUGACCAUGAUGGAUUCAGAGCACAGGUCAACACCAAUGAACCAGGCACCGCCAAUCAGAACCCUGCUGCUGUUCUCGUCAAUUCUCAUCAGCCUGUUGUAGUCAAGGCCGUCGAACCCAUUCAUCCUGUUCCCGUGGUCCCUGUCCCAACUGCUCAUAGAGAUUAUAGAUUCGGACCUGGAUUCGCAGAUGCCUUGGGAUACCAUGGAGGCGUCAACUUUGCUUUGCCUUUAAUUGGAGGAGCUGUGAGAGGAUACGAUAGCCGAUUCGCUAAUGUUAUCGUUUAAAUAAUGUUUCUCUUGUAAAAUAAGUUUUUACUGUUGUGAAAUAAAUUUCCUUUAUUCUA